GGAACAAUAAAUCCCGAUAACAGCGAGACCAAGGAUAAUAACUGUCUACAAUGGGCUAUAUGUGCAUUUAAUGCAGAUAGACUCUCGGAAGGUAAGUUAGCGCAUUUAGAAAGAUCAUCAGUUCUAAGACAAUAUAAAGAUCUUGUUCAUACUCAUAACCGAAGUUUAAAUAUGAUUGCUAAAGAUAAAUGGUUAGCUGUAAAUGAGAGUUCAAUUCAAGCUACUAGUUAUCAGGAACAAAAACCAAGACAUGAGGAAUUAGAAAGGCCAUGA